AUGGACGCGCACGUUCCUUUUCUCCUGUGGGCCUUCCUCUGUUUUGGAGUGAUCAGUUCCAGUCCAGUCCCAAGAAAGCUUUUUGGGGAGAUCAGAUCCCCUAGUUAUCCUAAGCCAUACCCCAACAAUAACAUCAGCAUUUGGGAUAUACACGUCCCCAAAGGCUAUGUGGUGAAGCUGACCUUCAGAUAUUUUGACCUGGAGCCAUCUGAGUCCUGCUUCUAUGAUUAUGUUAAGAUCAAAGCAGACAAGAAGAACUUGGGCCGAUACUGUGGCCGGCUGGGGUCAACCACAGGCAAUCACCCUGGAAGAAAGGAAUUUGUAUCUAAGGGGAACAGGAUGCACCUAGCAUUCCAUUCUGAUUUCUCUAACGAAGACAAUGGCACAGUGAUUCCCUAUAGGGGCUUCAUGGCCUAUUACCAAGCUGUGGAUCUUGAUGAAUGUGACCCUAACAGUGCUGCUGAGAAAGAUGAAAGACCUCAGUGUCAGCACUUCUGCCAUAACUAUGUGGGUGGCUACUUCUGUUCUUGCCGGACUGGCUACCAACUUCAGAGUGACCACCACUCCUGCAAAGUGGAGUGCAGCAGUGAGCUGUUCACAGAGGCAUCUGGGUACCUGAGCAGCCCUGAGUACCCUCAGCCCUAUCCUGAAGACCUCCAGUGUAACUACAGCAUCCGUCUGCAAAAGGGCCUGUCUAUCAUCCUCAAGUUCUUGGAACCCUUUGAGAUUGAUGAACACCAGCAAGUCCACUGUCCUUAUGACCAGCUCAAGAUCCAAGCACAAGGGAGAGAGAUUGGUGAAUUCUGUGGCAAGGAGUCACCUGGAAGCAUUGAAACCAACAGCAAUGUGGUGGACAUACUCUUCCUCACCGAUGAGUCAGGGUUCAGCCGUGGCUGGAAGAUCCACUACACCUCAGAGAAAAUACGGUGCCCACAGCCUGUCCCACGGGAUCAGUUUACCAUCAUCAGAGACCUGCAGCCCAUCUAUCAAUUUCAGGACUAUUUCAUUGUUAGCUGCAAGACUGGAUAUAACCUGAUGGAGGGCAAUCGAAAGCUGCUCUCCUUUACGGCUGUGUGCCAGGCUGAUGGGACAUGGCAUCAAUCCAUGCCCCGCUGUGAGAUUGUGAACUGUGGCAACCCUACAGACCUGACCAAUGGGGCAUUCAGCUAUGUUAACAAACCUGCAAACAACAACUACCAGUCAGUGAUCACAUACCAAUGCAAUGAGCCAUAUUAUCACAUUGUCACUGGAACAGGCGGUGACAGAUUCACCUGCUCUCCUGAGGGAACCUGGGUGGAUCAAGAUGGCCAGGUGAGGAUUCCUGCCUGCUUGCCAGUGUGUGGGAAACCGGUCAAUCCCAUUACUGAAGUCCAGCGGAUCUUGGGCGGCAAGUCAGCAAGGAGAGGCAGUUUCCCUUGGCAGGCUCUGACUGGCAUCCAUGGACGUGGGGGUGGUGCACUCCUGGGUGAUCGCUGGAUCCUGACCGCUGCCCACACCAUCUUCCCCAAAGGGGCAGGAGGCAACAAUGUAAGUCUGGACCAGCUAGCAGAGGAGGCUAACGUUUUCCUCGGCCACACCAAGGUAGAAGAGCUCCACAAGAUGGGUAACCACCCUGUACGUAGGAUCUUUAUCCAUCCAGAUUACAGCCCUAAAGAUGAGCACAACUUCAAUGGGGACAUAGCGCUGCUGGAGCUGAAACACCCAGUAACUCUGGGCCCUACAAUACUGCCUGUCUGUCUCCCAGAUACUACCAACACCACGUUCUACAUGGAUGGGUACGUGGGCUACGUGAGCGGCUUUGGUGUGGAAAAAAACUUUAUUUCAAAUGAUUUGAAGUAUAUGAGCCUACCAGCGGUUGCUCAAGAGAAGUGUCAGAGUUGGCUGGACAGUAAGAAGAGAGAUAUACCUAUGGUUUUUUCUGAGAACAUGUUCUGUGCUGGCUUCCUUACAGUCAAACGGGAUACCUGCCAGGGGGAUAGUGGGAGCGUCUUCACAGUGUUAGACACAGAAAGUGGUCGCUGGGUUGCUACUGGUAUUGUUUCUUGGGGUAUUGGCUGUGCCGAAGGUUAUGGCUUCUACACGAAGAUCCUCAACUAUUUGGACUGGAUCAAAGGGAUAGUAAGGGAGGAUAGGCUGUAA